AUGGAACGGAAAUAUACCAAUAAAGAAAAGUGGGAGAGGAAAAUCGAAGCAUAGAUUUUAUACAUUGCCCAUGCGACAGACAUUAAAUACUAUCGAGGAAGAAGAGGAAGAACAGGAAACUGAUCCGAAAAGCCCGAGGAGUCUGGUGUAUGCUAAUAUUGACGUUACAA